GAGAGAGAGAGAGAGGACACGUGAAAGAGGAGGAGAAGAAAGAUAGAGAAAGAGUAAUACCUCCAUCCUUCUUCCACUCCAGAGCAGAGACACAAACAGCAUCACAGCAGCAUCCGUGUUUCUCUCUCUCUCUCUCUCUCUCCCUCUUUGUCUCUCUCUCUCUCUCUCUCUCUCUCAAUCAGUCCAGUAUUUGUGUUGAUCGCAGAGCUGCAGGCACUGAGGCGAUGGCCGAGGUGUUAGAUCUCCUCUCCACACCCCAUAACGUCCAAAUCAGUGAGGUGACCUGUGACUCGUUCCGCGUUGCCUGGGAGAUGACCCCGGAGGAUGCCGGACGUGUGACGCACUACUUCAUCGACCUCAGCCGCAAAGCCGGAGGAGAGACGAACCGCUUCAAACACAAAGAUGUUCCCACUAAGCUGGUAGCUAAGGCGGUGCCGCUGCCGAUGGCCGUGAGAGGUCACUGGUUCCUGAGCCCCCGUACCGAGUACUGUGUGGCCGUACAGACGGCUAUCCGCCAGCCUGAUGGGGACUACCAGGUGUCUGAGUGGAGUCCGGUGGUGGAGUUUUGCACUGGGGAUUACGCCGUAGAUCAUCUGCAGCAGCUCCUGGAUAAAGCUCAGGGUGUAGCGGGACGGCUGCUGCGCUUCUCCGUGUUUUACCGCAACCAGCAGCCCGAAUACUUCCACUACGUCAGAACGGAAUGUGGAGGUUUAAUGCCCCCGUCUCUAAAAGACAACAGCGGCAGCCACGGCUCGCCCAUCAACGGAAAGCUCCGUGGCAUCUUCCUGAGCUGCAACACCGAGUUCGACACGGGUCUCCCUCCUAAAGACUCGCCCUACGGCCCCCUGCGCUUCCAGAUCUCCGCCGCGCUCCUCCUGAAGCCCGAGACGCACCUCUACUUCGCCGAUUUCUACUGCAUGUACACUGCAUAUCACUACGUCGUCUUGGUGCUGGCCCCUGUCGGCUCGGAGGGCGAUCGCUUCUGUGACGGGCGUCUCCCCCUGCUGGACCUCUCCUCCAAUCCUUUCCUGACGUACGUCCCCGGGGACGAACCGACGUUCUGUCACGCCAGUGACGUCAUCCUGGAGGUUAUGUACACGGAGGCGCUGCCUUUAGAUCAAGGCACGGUGGCGCAGAUCAGAGGCCAUCACCAGCUCAUGAGCCUCUCCACGGCCAACGCCAAGAAGGACCCGAGCUGCAAGGUGUGUAACAUCAGUGUCGGGCGCUGAGACGCUGAGACACCGAGACAGAGUCCGGACUGAACUGGUGCAAUGUUUCUGACGCGACAGUCUGCAUCUAGAACUGCGCUAGAGCUUUAAAAAAAAAAAAAACAACAACAACAAAAAAAAAACAACGUUCUUAGCAGUGUUGUGCAGAUUAUUUUUAAAAAUGUCCCGGAUGGAGAAACUAGCAUGUCCUGAUUAUUCUAUUUACUUAAUAUGAUUUAAGCAUCAUCAGGCCAAAAUGAUUUUAGCAUUAAUAUAAAUAUGAAAGCCAUAAAAUGCACAUACUGCCAAAUCAGUAACGAUCAACGAUCGGCGAUGUCUGUACGGAUCGGUGCUACCUGCUAAAGUUACCAAAAUACAGCUGAGUGCAAAAGUUUGUACCCCCUUAGGACAAAAUGAAAUGAAUUUUUGUCCAACAAGACAUUCAGCAUGUUCGAUUUACCAGGUUUCUCAGAGGAAAAAAAAAAAAAAAAAAAAAAGGGUAAAGAAAAUGGUUAAAUUGUUUGUCUUAAGAAAAAAAAAAAAAAAAAAAUGAUGACAGUUCUAAAGUCCUAAAAUGAUUCCCGUCAUAUCCUCUGCGUCGCUUUUGAUUCCUCUGUUGUUAUAAUAACUCUGUUUCCGCCCCCUCCCCCGACACCUCUGUAAUACAUCAUAAACUGCCUUCUUCAAAUCAAAGGCUUCCUGACGAAA